CUGUUUUGUUCGUGUUCGAUGAUGCUGUCUUUUCAGAGCACCUCUCCGAAUAGAAUUCUUCAAAACUUUAUACGCUAUCCCAAAUCCAAAAUUGUCCGUUCUUCUCCGCUGAAGUUCCCAAAUCGCUCUGCAACUACUGUUCCAAUGGCGGAUCUUUCCUCCGACGCUCCUUCCAGAGGAUCCAUCACUCAUGUUAUCUUCGAUAUGGACGGCCUCUUAUUGGAUACUGAGGUGUUUUACACUAAAGUACAAGAGAACAUUUUGGCAAGAUUUAAUAAAACUUUUGAUUGGUCACUUAAGGCAAAGAUGAUGGGUAUGAAAGCUAUAGAAGCUGCUCGAGUCUUUGUUGAAGAGAGUGGAAUUAGUGAUUCCCUUAGUGCGGAGGACUUUCUUGUGGAAAGAGAGGACAUGCUACGAAGUCUAUUUCCGAAUAGUGAGCUUAUGCCAGGAGCUAGCCGGUUGAUCAAACAUCUUCAUGCAAAAGGAGUACCAUUCGGCUUGGCAACUGGAUCUCAUAGACGUCAUUUUGAAUUAAAAACACAAAGACAUGGUGAACUUUUUAAGUUGAUGCAUCACAUUGUUCUUGGUGAUGAUCCAGAGGUUAAGAAGGGAAAGCCAUCACCGGAUGUAUUUCUUGCAGCUGCUAAAAGAUUUGAGGAUGCUCCCGUAGAUCCCAGCAGAACCCUUGUGUUUGAAGAUGCUCCAUCAGGUGUUCUUGCUGCUAAAAGUGCGGGAAUGAGAGUAAUUAUGGUUCCAGAUCCAAGGUUGGAUGAUUCCUAUCGUAAAGAUGCAGACCAAGUGUUGAGUUCCCUCUUGGAUUUCAACCCCAGAGAAUGGGGUCUGCCUCCUUUUGAAGAUUCAGAAAGCUGAGGCCUCACCUUUGAUUCAUGCCGCUGCCUGCUGAUAUACAAACUUAUCAUUUUAUGGGAAUGUUUAAUGCAUAAUAUUAUUUCAUUCCUCAGUGUGACAGAGAGGUUCUUAGUUCUUACCAGGUUAUUUAGUGUGCUUGGCAUUUUUUUUGCCAGAUUAUGAACUUAGAUUAUCAAUUUUUACCAAUGUAAAUGAAACCAUGUUGUUAAUGCUGCAGUUUCUCCCUUUCAAUCUUGUUAACUGUCGAUCUCUACGAGACGAUCAUAUUUCGAAAUCGACCAAACUGAAUCUGUUAUAUAUAUAUAUCUUAAAUAAAUCAAGGAACGAUCUCAUAUUCA